GAGGGGGCCCUGGCCGAUCGCAGCGCUGGGCACGGCAGAGCCGAGCUGGGCAGAGGCGAGCAGAGGCAGGCAGGACGGUGGCAGACGGAACCGGACCGGACCGGACCGAGCUCAGCGCAGGGAGCAGGGCGCACAGCCAGCGACAGCAGCAGCAGCAGCAGCGGUAACAGUAACAGCGGCAGCAGCCAGAGCCAAGCCCGCAGGGCCUGCCACUGACAAAGGAUGGGGUCUGGCUGCAUCAAAGUCACCAAGUACUUUCUCUUCCUCUUCAAUCUGCUUUUCUUCAUCUUGGGAGCUGUGAUUCUCGGGUUUGGAAUAUGGAUUCUGGCCGACAGAAGCAGUUUCAUCUCUGUUCUGCAGACCUCAAGCAACCUGAAGAUUGGGGCAUACGUCUUCAUUGGGGUUGGGACAGUGACCAUGAUCAUGGGCUUCCUGGGUUGCAUUGGUGCAGUCAAUGAGAUCCGAUGCCUCUUAGGGAUGUACUUUGCCAUUCUCCUCCUGAUCCUUGUGGCCCAAGUGACAGCAGGCACCCUUGUCUACUUCCACGCAGAUGAGGUGAAGGAUGAGAUGAGCAUCAUAGUGGGCAAACUGAUUGUGAACUACGACCCUGACAGCAAGGAGCAGAAAGCUGGUCAGGAUGCCUGGGAUUACGUCCAAUCGCAGGUGAAAUGCUGCGGCUGGACCAGCUACCUUAACUGGACGGCCAACGACAAUCUCAUGAACAGGACAACCACCACCUACCCUUGUUCCUGCAGCAAUGAGGAACUUCCUGAUAUAGAGGAGGACUUGGUCAGGAGUGGCUUCUGCACCCUCUCCAACAGUACCCAGAUCAACGAUCCCAACCACUGGCCUGUUUACCCCCAGGGUUGCAUGGAGAAAGUGCAGAAGUGGCUCCAGGAUAAUCUUGGCAUCAUUCUUGGAAUCUGCAUUGGAGUCGGUGUCAUUGAGCUCCUGGGGAUGAUGCUGUCUAUCUGCCUGUGCCGGCACGUCCACUCAGAAGACUACAGCAAGGUCCCCAAGUACUGAGGUGGCCCCGACCACCUCCUGGCCCACCCUCCUGCUGUGCAGGGCCCCGGACAUUCUCACUUUCUUGGGAGCCCCCUCACCUCCCAGCAUAUCGCAUUCCACCCCCCUCCCUCGUGUGUGGCCUUCCCGCUCUGCCUGUGCUGACCUCCUCCCAAAGCCAGAGGCUCCAGGCCCCAGGCUCCUCUUUGGGAAGAAACUCCCCUUGCCUCCCCCGCCCCCCCCCCCCGGCCUGAUCCCCCUUGGCCUGAGCCCUUCCUGCCUGGAAAGGUUUUGUCUUCCUGCUCUGGAUGGAGACGGACAGUCUCCUUGCAUCUUUUAUCUCUUCGACCUUCAGCUCUGUCCUUUCCCGGGUCUCUUUCCUCCCUUCCUGCUUUUCAGGGUUUUCUAAUUGAGACAAAGACAUGAUUUCCUUCACACUCCCAGCCAGCCACAGCCUGGCAUGGGUUAUUCAGAAGAAAGGGCAGCUCCUUCUCCUCCCCACAGGCUAGAUUGGAGUCCCAUUGCCUCCCUCCUUCUCUGAGGGGGAAACUAUGAAAUAGAGCUUACGGCUGGGGACUGCCAAAGGGCAGCUAUCUUAGGUGGGACUUUGGGGAAGAUGGGCUGACUUUUCUCCAGUAUGACCCCCUGUUUGGUGCCUAGGGGCCCUUCUGAGUGCCAUCAUGGCGCUAACUCAGCUGGAAGAUGUGCCAUUGGCCAAGACCUGGUACAAACCCAGUGUGUGGGGGGGCAGGGCGGGGGUCAAGGCUGUGUGAUCAGGGCUAAGCUUUGGCAGCCAAAAAAGGUUCACUCAUCUGGUGCUGCUGAAUAACAGGCCUCACCAGCCUCAUACCCCAACCACAAGACUGGGGGGGGGUCCCGCUUCAGGGAGAAGCCUUCUCCAAGUACUGCUGUUUUGGGGGCUUCUGGGGAGACGGCAGUGGCCGGCCGUGUGUGUACAUAUGUCUAUGUGUGUAUGGGAAGAGGGAUGACGGCAGGGAGGGAGGGGUGGACCUUGGGUCCCAAAAGGAGUCUGGCAACAAAAUUAACCUGAAGUUUCUAUAACUAGUUGUUUGUUGUUGUUUGUCCUUCAUUCUCGAAGAGGACCGUUCAUCAGGGGGAUGUCAUGACUUGCAAUGAAUUGGAUUUAAGUGAGGCAGGGCUGUGCAGAGUUACCAGCCUCACUCUCUCCUUCAGAACCAUCAGGGUCCAGUGGCAAGAUAUACAUCAGGAUGACUGUAGAUGACCCUGAAUGAUUAAGGCAAUUGAGGCCAAGUGACUGACUUACCCAGGGUCACAUAGCUAGCAAGUGUCUGGGGUGAGAUUUGAACUCAGGCCCUCCCAACUUCAGGGCCAGUGCCCUAUCCAUUGCAUCACCUAGUCACUUAACCCCAAUUGCCUUGAAACAUCUGGGACCAUCUCCAGUCGUCCAUAACUAGUAGCUUCCUGGGGAAGCAGGAAAUAAAUUGGCUUCCUUCUCUAAGAAGCUAGGUUCCUUUUUCAGGUAGCAGCUUCCCAGAGAGGAGGCCCAGUGCCUUGGGGUAGAGGUAGGCAAAAAGAAGUUCUGCCUGUACAGAUUGGAGAAACUCAGAACGAGGCAAAAGGUAGAGAGCUCAGAAAUAAAGUGGAUUUGUGACAAAUCUGA